AUGGGAAGAGGGCCGUCAAUCUUUAGGUUCGAUGCGUUUGGACAUACUCUUGAUGACGCCAGGGUUAAGACGACGUCCGGAGGUGUUCUAACUCUGAUAUGUGUGUUUACCAUCUUCGUACUACUUAUUAACGAGUAUAGAGACUAUAGGACGAUCAUUAUUCGACCCGAAUUGGUGGUGGACAGAGACUUGGAAAGGAAACUUAAUAUGAACUUAGACAUUACGUUUCCAAAGCUGCCUUGUGAUAUGUUGACUAUGGAUAUUAUGGAUCUUACAGGGGAUAUUCAGGCAGAUGUUCUCGAAGGUGGAUUCACCAAGAUGAGACUCGACAAAUCAGGAAACGAGAUUUCGAUUGAAGAGCGGUUUGAUGUGAAUAAGGAGGAGUCUUUGGUGUCAGAUGACUCUCAGUACUGUGGCUCUUGUUACGGUGCAAUUGACCAGUCUAACAACGAUAAUGAGCCAGAUCAGAGUAAGAAAGUUUGUUGCAAUACUUGUGAGGCUGUUAAGGCUGCCUAUGCCAAUGCGGCAUGGAAAUUUUAUGAUGGAGAAGGAAUUGAUCAGUGUGAGAAAGAAGGCUACGUGAAAAGAGUCAAUGAACGAUUGAAUGAAGGUUGCCGAAUCAAAGGUAGCGCUGAACUCAAUCGAAUUGGUGGUAAUCUACACUUUGCGCCGGGUUCCUCGAUAUCGAUGAGUGAUCGUCACGUUCAUGACUUGUCCUUGUACGAUAAGCACAAUGAUCUGUUCAGUUUCGACCACAUAGUGAAUCACUUUGCAUUUGGUCCCGAUGAUCAUCACAAGACAUUGCAUAGUAAAAGCCACAAUUAUACUACGACGCAUCCUUUGGAUGGCAGAGAGAUGGCAAUAGGAGAAAAGUACCAUCUCUACUCAUACUUUCUCAAGGUGGUUAAUACUAGGUUCGAAUACAUGGAUGGAGAAGUUCUUGAAACCAACGAGUUUUCUGUCUCCCAGCAUGAUAGACCUUUGAAGGGGGGCCGUGAUGACGAUCAUCCUAACACGAUUCAUGCCAGAGGAGGAUUACCGGGAGUUUUUUUCUACUUCGACAUUAGUCCUAUGAAGAUUAUUAAUAGGGAAGAGCAUAAGAAGACUUGGUCGGCUUUCAUUCUUAGCGUUUGCUCUGCCGUGGCGGGAAUUCUUACAGUAUUCCAGAUCCUCGAUAAGACCAUUUGGACUGCUCAUAAGAUAUUGAAAGAAAAGAAAAACACUUAG